GGCUGAGUGACGGACGUAUGCUGUUGCCUAUAGGCGGGAGAAUGGGCGGGGCUGCGGAUUUUGGGCGAGAGAGGGUGACUGAGUGACGGGACACUGCGACCAAUGGCGGAAGAGUGGGCGGAGCUGAAUGAUGAGUAAUUGGACGCCUUAGUUAAUGGGAGGGGAUUGGGCGGGGCUAUUGCUGGUUGCCGAGUGACUGCGGCUGUCCCUACCCAUAAUCCCAUGCGCUACGUGAGACGGUGACCCGGAAACACCGCCCCGCCCCUUCCUGUACACAGAGCUCCGCCCCCGGUCUCCUCCAGGGUUACAUAGUAGUGAGGAAGACAUCCGGUGAGUGUGAGACAUCCAGCAGCCAUGCCCGUGUCUCAGGGGGAUUGAGCAGGACCCAGAGCCCCAUCACAGUGCCUCCACCUCACUCACUGAUACAUGAGAGACACAAUGACCAGAAGAUCCUGGAUCUCAUCAACAAGAUCAUUCAGCAGCUGACUGAAGAGGAGGGGGAGUAUAUAGAGGAACACAGGGGUCUGUACAAGGACGUGAUGAUGGAGAAUCACCGGCCCCUCACAUCACUGGAUGGGCCCAGUAACAGAGAUACCCCAGAGAGAUGUCCCCGUCCUCUGUAUUCCCAGGACUGUACAGAGGAGAAUCACAGGAUCCCACAGGAGGAUCAGGUAGAACAUAUGUCUGAUGUUAAAACAGAAGAUAUAGAGGGAGAAGAAGAGACGUAUGUGACUGAUAUAAAGGCAGAAGAUAUAGAGGGAGAAGAAGAGACGUAUAUGACUGAUAUAAAGACAGAAGAUACAGAGGGAGAAGAAGAAACGUAUGUGACUGUUAUACAGGCAGAAGAUAUAGAGGGAGAAGAAGAGACGUAUGUGACUGAUAUAAAGACAGAAGAUACAGAGGGAGAAGAAGAGACGUAUGUGACUGAUAUAAAGGCAGAAGAUAUAGAGGGAGAAGAAGAGACGUAUGUGACUGAUAUAAAGGCAGAAGAUAUAGAGGGAGAAGAAGAGACGUAUGUGACUGAUAUAAAGGCAGAAGAUAUAGAGGGAGAAGAAGUGACGUAUGUGACUGAUAUAAAGGCAGAAGAUAUAGAGGGAGAAGAAGAGACGUAUGUGACUGAUAUAAAGGCAGAAGAUACAGAGGGAGAAGAAGAGACGUAUGUGACUGAUAUAAAGGCAGAAGAUAUAGAGGGAGAAGAAGAGACGUAUGUGACUGAUAUAAGGGCAGAAGAUAUAGAGGGAGAAGAAGAGACGUAUGUGACUGAUAUAAAGGCAGAAGAUAUAGAGGGAGAAGAAGAGACGUAUGUGACUGAUAUAAAGGCAGAAGAUAUAGAGGGAGAAGAAGAGACGUAUGUGACUGAUAUAAAGGCAGAAGAUAUAGAGGGAGAAGAAGAGACGUAUGUGCGGGGUGAUCAGCAAUGUAAGGAGGAGGAGAUCCCUACAGAUAUCGGCACAGGAGGUGGACACACAAGUAGGAAUAUCUCAGAAGGACAUCUAAUGUUAUCCCUGGAUUGUGACAUAAAAGAUAAUGACAGUAGACCGGAUUCUCCAGAAGAUAAUCCCUUUACCCCAAUUAUACAUCCAGCUCUAUCAGCUGGUCCCUCUGAUCCUGGGAAAUGUUCUCCUGAUCACUCUGAUAUUGUUGCAUCUGUUACAGCUCUGAGAGUAGAUACAGAGUUUCCCUGUUCUAUAGAUGCCAAAUGUUUUACACAGAACACAAAGCGUAUUACCCAUCAGCCAUCUACGGCAGAUGAGAGACAAUUUCCCUGUUCUGAGUGUGGGAAAUGUUUUACAUUCAAAUCGAAUCUUGUUAGACAUGAGAGAAUACAUACAGGCGAGAAACCAUUUCCAUGCUCUGAGUGCGGGGUAUGUUUUACACACAAGUCAUCUCUUGUUAUCCAUGAGAGAAGUCACACAGGUGAGAAGCCAUUUUCAUGUUCUGAGUGUGGGAAAUGUUUUGCGCGGAAAACGCAGCUUGUUUCACAUCAGAGAAGUCACACAGGUGAGAAGCCAUUUCCAUGUUCUGAGUGUGGGAAAUGUUUUACACUGAAAUCAAAUUUGGUUAAACAUGAGAGAAGUCAUACAGGUGCAAAGCCAUUUUCCUGUUUUGAGUGUGGGAGAUGUUUUACAGUAAAAUCAAAUCUUGUUAGACAUGAGAGAAGUCACACAGGUGAGAAGCCAUUUACAUGCUCCGAGUGUGGGAAAUGUUUUGCACAGCAAUCAAAUCUUGUUACACAUCGGAGAAGUCACACAGGCGAGAGGCCACUUUCAUGUUCUGAGUGUGGGAAAUGUUUUGCAUGGAAGUCGCAAAUUGUCAAACAUCGGAGAAUACACACAGGUGAGAAGCCAUUUUCAUGUUCUGAGUGUGGGAAAUGUUUUACACUGAAAUCACAACUUGUUACACAUGAGAGAAGUCACACAGGCUUGAAGUCAUUUCCAUGUUCUGAGUGUGGGAACUGUUUUUUAAAUAAAUCGCAUUUUGUUACACAUCAGAGAAUUCACAGAAAUGAGAAGCCCUUUGCAUGCUCUGAGUGUGGGAAAUGUUUUGCACAGCAAUCAAAUCUUGUUGAACAUCAGAGUAGUCACAGGUGAAAAACCAUUUCCAUGCUCUUGAGUGUGAUAAAUAAAUCCGCUCAUGUUGCACACAGACAUUACCCAAGUGAGGAACCAUUUUAAUCUUCUGGACUAUGGCCCUCAUUCCGAGUCGUUCGCUCGGUAUUUUUCAUCGCAUCGCAGUGAAAACCCGCUUAGUACGCAUGCGCAAUAUUCGCACUGCGACUGCGCCAAGUAAUUUUACAAUGAAGAUAGUAUUUUUACUCACGGCUUUUUCAUCGCUCCGGCGAUCGUAGUGUGAUUGACAGGAAAUGGGUGUUACUGGGCGGAAACACAGCGUUUUAUGGGCGUGUGGAUGAAAACGCUACCGUUUCCGGAAAAAACGCAGGAGUGGCCGGAGAAACGGGGGAGUGUCUGAGCGAACGCUGGGUGUGUUUGUGACGUCAAACCAGGAACGACAAGCACUGAACUGAUCGCAGAUGCCGAGUAAGUGUGGAGCUACUCUGAUACUGCUAAGUAGUUUGUUAUCGCAAUAUUGCGAAUACAUCGUUCGCAAUUUUAAGAAGCUAAGAUUCACUCCCAGUAGGCGGUGGCUUAGCGUGUGUAACUCUGCUAAAAUCGCCUUGCGACCGAUCAACUCGGAAUGAGGGCCUAUGCUCAUCACCAUCACCAAGCAAGGUUCCUCAAGGUUCUAUCCUAUCUACUAUGUAUUUUGCAAUAUAUAUGGGACAACUUCGUGAAAUAAUCCGACGUCAUGGCCUUGUCUAUCACUGCUAUGCAGAUGGUCUGUCUUUUGCUCCAGGUACUGAAAAUCCAACACCAAUCUUAAAUGGCUCUCUAGCUGAGCUCCAGGUGUUAUGAUAUCCAGUUGGCUGUGAAUCCUUCCUUGUGAAACAGAGGUCCAUGUGAUGAAAGCUCACCAAGAAAGGGAAAGACUACUGCUUGGCCAACCAACUUGGACUAAUGCUUGGGGGUUCAGAAUUACAAAACACUGAACAUGUGCGGAAUCUUGGGGUCCUGGAUGGUGGAGUGACAAACAUCAGGUAUCGGCCACAAUCAGCUCGUUCUUAAAUCUGAGGAACAUAGCUAGAAUCAAGCACUUAAAUCCCUCAGAAGAUCUACCUAAAGUCAUACAUGUAUUUGUAUGAUCACACCUAGUAUGCUGCCAUGCCCUCUACCUGGGUCUCCCGGCAAAAGAAUUGCACCGCUUACAGCUGCCAGGCUACUAACCAACCAGCCUGCUCCUGCCACAUUCUCUACUCUCUUCAGAGAAUGAGUCUCAGUCACAACGUAAUGUUUCCAAGAUAUGAAACGCCUCAAAAAUCCCACAUCCCAAAUGCGUUAAUAGUUACACUCAUGGUAGCUAAAAUAGCAGAGAAUAAUACCCAUAGUCUAAAUCAUACAGCAGGGGAUGUUAUGCCCAAUUAUGUGACUGUUUAAAGUGAGUUGAGCAGAUCAGGGAUGACUUCAUUAUCUAAUCAGCCAAUCGGCAAGGGUUUGGGUGACAUCGUCCAAGGUGUGAUGCUCUACAGAUAAAAGGUAUUGAAGUUUAACCUGCUUUCACCUACAGUUCCGUCCGGACAGAUCUUCUGGCUGAUAAUCUAAGUUUUGUCCUCUUUGGGGUCGAUUCUAUUCGGCAACUAAUGAAUAGCGCCGGGAAUUUGCUCCCGACGCUAUUCAAUUCAGCAACUAAUUACCUGCAAUUGUCAGGAAUUCUUCUCUCAUCCCCGGGGGAUGAGAGAAAAAAACCGACAAAAGUGCUGCCUCGCGGCUGGCGCAAGGCUGAUUCUGUCGGGAAUCAGCCUCGCGCCGGAGAGUUACGUCGGAGAAUGCCCGUUCUCCCGACAAUUCAACCUGUUUUGUCGGCGAGAACGGGCCAUCACCGACGUAACUAGUUGCUGAAUUGAAUAGCAUCGGGAGCAAAUUCCCGGCGCUAUUCAUUAGUUGCCGAAUAGAAUCGACCCCUUUAUUUGAAUUACUUGCCUGUAUGUACUUUGUAACUUUUUUUUUUUUUUAAACAUUUCUUUUUGUUUUUUGUUUUUUUUAAAUUCUAAAUAAGCGUGGGACCUUUUUUGUAAAUAAAGCUUUUGUUAUACAAAAAGAAAUUCCAGAGGGCGCUGACAUGUAUGGGAGGUAAAUAGUCCAUAUGUACAGGUAAUGGCGUCUCUUCAGUGUUAUUCACCAUGAAUUGUCCAAUAACAGUAAUGGAAUUAAUUCUGUGGAGAUACCCCCUCACCAAUCAAAUCACCCAAAAACAAGACCGUAAGGCCAAUUAGUAAAAUAUACCAAAUGUUUUAUUCUUAGAACAGAAGGAAAAAUGUAUUUCUUGAGUAAAACAGCAUGCAAUGCUUACAUAGAACAGAAUAGAUAUGAACAGACCACAACCAAUUAAGGAGAGAUGGGGUUGAGCCCCACCUCCACCUUAUACAAGUGUGAGCUCGAGGCGAGGUCCUCACAGGAUUGGACAAUGGGUGUUGAAAUUAUACGCGUUUCGUUCUUACAAGGACUUCAUCAGGGGUAGGUAUCUUUAUGGGUGAAUGAGAAAAUCAGUAUUCGAAAUGGAGGAGUAACAAGAUAAUGAUUGGUACAUAUAUAACAUAUCAGGACAAUCCUGUGAUGUUUUACAACUUGGUUAACCCUUAGUACACCAAGGGGGGUCUUCUGAGGACCUCAGAAUGUUAUUUUUUGUGAUCCUGCCGUAUCUAUAACAACUAUUUUACUCCUGAUUUUUCUAUGUGUCCCGCAUUGGAUUAAGAUAAAUACUGUGUAAUUAGGCUUGUAAAAUGUCCUUUCCAAAACAAAGUAAAUAAAAACACAAUUGGGGUCCCACCAGGACCCCUGCUUGGUGUACUACGUUACAAUUGCAGAAUGUUUUAUAUGUGAGAAACACAGGAGAACAACCACCACUCUGACAUGCUAAGGACUGUAGCGAUGGUAACACAUGAAUAGUGAUGUAUUGUUACCGUAGUAAAAUUAUAUAACCUUUUUACAAGAAUAUACAGUAUCCAAUCGGAUGUAAAAAUGUACAGACUGUAAUGAAGAAGAAUAUAUGGCUUUUAUUGGCUAACUACUCUUGAAAUAAAAUAUUUUAUGCUA